AUGAAGGUCCUUGUUCUUGGAGCAACCGGUAAUCUGGGCAGUCGCCUUGUCCCAGCACUCCUCAACCAUGGCCACAGCGUCGUUGCGUACGUCCGGUCCUCAAGCAAACUCGAGUCUCUACUUCCAAAUCCUGUGUACCGCCAAAUCUCCGUCGUUCAAGGCGACGCAAAAGACUCAUUUGCAAUCAAGAAGGCCAUCUUGGACUCCAAGGCUGAUGCCGUUGUCAACACUGCCGGUCUAGCGGCCUUACCGCCCUGGGGAAAGAGUGAUCUGCCUGUCAUAUUUCGCGCUGUCCUGGACGCCGUUCGAGAAGCAGGAAUGGAAAGAAAGAAACCGUUGAGAACUUGGUUUUUGGGUGGCUUGGGAGUAUUGAACUUCCCCGAAACAGAGACAAUGUUCUCAGACUAUAUCCCCAUAUACCUCGAACAUCGCCAAAACCUCGCUCUUCUCAAGUCUCUCCCACCAAACAGCGUCGACUGGUCUAUGCUGUGUCCAAGCACCAUGAACCCCGAAUCCUCAGACAUCACUGCCCUGUCGAGCAAGGGGAAACUGAUCGCAAAUGCCGUGACUCCACCUUUAUGGCAAAACUAUUGGGUCAAGAACAUUCCCUUGAUCGGAGGUUACCUGACGUGUAUGAUGAAUGCUCCUCGCUACGAGACUACGCUGGAACAGAACGCGGAGCUCAUUGCUAGUGACCUCGAGACUCUCGAAAGCCCUUUCAGUGAGAAGACAGUCGGAGUCAUCGACCCAAAGUGA